GCCCUUCACUCUUCACUCUCAAUUCACCUCACCUCGCUCGCCGCCCAGCAUGCCCGCCCGCGUCUUCGCCUCGAGCCACGUCGUCUUCGGCUCCUUCGCCGACCUCUGGACCGUCGAGCAGAUCCGCAAGCAGCAGAAGGCGCAGCAGGCCGCGCAGCCGUGGCUCGCGCGCUCCGACUCGGCCAGCUCGUCGCCGGCCAGCUCGCCGGCCAGCAGCCGCCCGCCGAGCACCAUCUGCAGCCUGCUCGACGACGAGUUUGAGCGCCGCCGCUACGGCUCUGCUACGAGCUCGCCUGCCUCGUCCGUCUCGGGCGGCAUCUACAUCCACUCCAAGGCGUCGGAGGAGACGCUGCAGGACUUCCAGCAGGACAGCGACGAGGACGACGGCCUGAGCCUGCGCCGCAUGUCGGCGCGCCGGUGAACGUGCCGUCGCCGUCCACGGCGUCUGCCACGGCGCCGCAACACCAUCAUCACCUCUCAUCCGUACCUAAGCCGCUCGCCACACGACGCCGCGUUUCCCACGCUCGCGUCCAGGCAACUCGGUCCCACGGCACCUGCGCACUCGAGCUCGCAUCGCAACAGCCGCAGCGUCUUCUUCGCUCGCGAUGCUCGCCUCCAGUGCAAGCCGGACGUCUCGCUGCUUGCCAGCAGAGCAUGCUUAGGCGGCGUCGACGUGGCAGCGGCUUCCACGCCGCGUGCCUUCCCGCGCCUCGCGUUAGCGGCAGAUUUCGGGAGUGCCGGCGGCGCGGCGAUCUCGCGCCUGCCGCACUAGCGCGCCGCGCCGCCGGCCGACGAGCGCCGACUCCGAUCGGCGCGCGCGCUGCUCGUCCCUUCC